GUUACGACAAGCCAAAUGUGUUUGUUCAGACAGCAUGUCCUUAAGGUUCGUGUUGUCUUUGUAGGUUAAAUGUUUUCCAGUAAGACACCGGUGGGUGAAGCUGAAAAGGUAUAGACAUUGCUGGGACAUGCGUUGUUGAUUCAAGGGCAGAAAGACGACUCUUGUCCGUAGUUAUUCAGUAAUUUUAUGGCCAAACGUCCAACGACAGCAUAGGCCUAAUUAGCAGUUAGCUAACAUUUGACCGUGGGUUUCAGGAAAACAUCAUAUCACUCUUCUCCAACACUGGUAAGUGUCCAAGGGGAAAAACACCAUCUUCACUAUGACAGCUCAGGAAGGAGAGGGAUGGGGAGGCAUUAACCUGUCCCCUCACCUGCACACCGAUGAGUGUAACGCUCUGAUAUCUCAGCUGAGGCAGUGCCACGCCGAGCACAGUUUCCUGAAGUUCUUCGGGACAUGCAAUGAUUUGGACCGGGUUAUGCGUGAGUGCCUAAAGAAAGAGAGACUGGAAAAGAGAGAGCGCAGUAAGCAGCAUGCAAGGGACAUGAAAAAGAGGCUGAAGGAAGGACACAAGGAGGAGCUCUGAAGGACAUUUUCCUGCAUGUAUCUACUGGCAACACCAGUUAAAAGUGUUUGGAUGGUGGGACAGUGAAUGCAGCAUCACUGUAAAACUGCUGUUUUGAUAUCAACACAGAAGAAGGGACACAUUCUGUUUUGUUGAUUAUUCAGAACCAUGUGGUGUUUUUUCUCAGAAUCAGCAGGUCUAAGUAUCAAGUGAAUGUGAACAUCAACAAGUAAAAAGGCUCAGCUCAUAAAUAUGUUAUUGCCAUUAAGAUUUUAUUAUUUUAUUGAACAGAAACAUUAGUGGAUGAUGUUAAUGUUGGGAUCAUAUACCAGCAUUGGUUUGGUUCUGAUGUCCAGCGUACUCAUGCUUUUACAAAUGUUCUCUGGCACAUACCUCCCUCACACACUUUAUAUGAUCUACACAGAUUGAAAUCUGUAGUAUUACCAGAACGUUUUAUCUCGACAUAAAACCCAACCUGUACUUUGGAUCAAAGACACUGUUCAUCAUUCAUUUUCCCUCUGGUAGCAGAACACUAUGGCUCUAUCAGAGAGAUAAGUGUGGCUGAUGGCUGAAGCCUUUCAUCAAACCAUUAUUUUAUUCAGCAGGACUCCUCAGGAAUAUUCUAACACCUGAAUAAUUCAUGAAAGGCAGAUAGGAGAGUCCAUUUCAGGGAUGCAUCCGAAAGGCUUUAAAAGAGGAAUGAUCCAAAGUCUGACCAGCAGUUGGGGAAACUCCGUCAAAUACUCAUUGUUGUGUGAAAGUUUUAUGUGAAUGAGAAAUCAUAUUGAUUCAUUAAGUUCUUUGAAAUAAAGUAAAAAUCUGUUAAAUUA